GCGUGCCAUCGCAGGAAAGCAGGAGGCGUGAAGCGUUCUUUCUUUGGCUGCCGCGUGUGCUGCGCAUGCGCUAGGAGUCGGGGGGUGGGGCGUCGAGAGAAGAUGGCUCUGUGCUUGCGCGCUGGGACCUGACUCGAGGGGAGGGAAACGACCACUGCGGCUGCGCGCCGGGCGGCUGCCGCACCUGCGCAGAAAUAAGGAGCCCAACGGCGCACGCGUAGGAGGGGCUCCCAGGGGUGGGAGGAGCCUAGCGCCUUGAGCUCAGUCUGAGGCGAGAGCAGGUCGGAGCCGGAGGUACCGGCGGCCGCUAGGUCACGCCGCUGCCCCAUGCAAGGUAUGAUCGAGAUGGCCGCGGACAAGGAGGCCUUCUUAGUCCCGGCCCCGCCGCCGCCUCGCCUCAAAGCCCCGCCCAAAAGCGGAGGAGCGGACGCUCCCCUAGUGCAGCUGCAACAUGAGUCCCCCCGGGCCCAUCCAGGCUGCGGUGGGACCGGCGACAACGACGAGGUCACCUCCUCUCCUGCCGGGCCCCCGAUGGGCCCUCCCCCGGGCGGCCAGCGCCGGGCAGGGCCAGGGCCUCUGGGCAAAGGAAGCGGUCCUUCCAGGGCGGCGGCCGCCGAGGAGGUGGAGGACAGCGUGGCUGAGCUCCAGCGGCCGCGCAACGGCUUCCAGCCCCACAGCCAGAGGGCCCCCGGCGGGGGGAAGAGGCGCAACAGCUGCAAUGUUGGGGGAGGCGGCGGCAGCGGCUUCAAGCACCCGGCCUUCAAGCGGCGACGCCGGAUCAACUCGGAAUGCGACCCGGUCCUGCCCUCCGAGUUCCUCUUGGGGGGCAACAUUUUCGACCCCCUCAACCUUAACAGUCUCCUGGACGAAGAGGUCAACCAGGCCCUCAAUGCCGAGACCCCCAAGUCAUCGCCGCUGCCCGCCAAGGGCCGGGACCCCGUGGAGAUCCUCAUCCCCAAGGACAUCACCGACCCCUUGAGCCUCAACAACGCCCAGGAGGAUCCCCCGGUUCUGGCGUCCCCCAUCAAGGCUGGGCGCAAACGGCAUCGCCACCGGGGAACCCAGCGGGGGAUGGGCAGCAUGGAGGGGGGUGGCAGCAAGCCUCCUCUUCCCACCUCGUGCAAGUCGUGUCAGAAGACGUGCAAUGGGGCCCCCACCCCACAGCCCUAUGAACUCAACACAGCCAUCAAUUGCCGCGAUGAGGUGGUGUCGCCCCUGUUGCCUACAGUUGGGGAAGUUCAGCCAGGCCAGCAGGUCUCUGGAUGUGUCACCCCGUCUUGCACGUCUGUGGCCUCUUCGAGCGCUGGGAGCCGCCACCACCAUCGCAAGAGGCGCAGGACUAGUAGCAAAUCAGAAGGAGGAGGAGGAGGAGGCCGGCAUCAGGGGGCUCCUGUGCCCAGCGAACAGCCUUGCAGAAGCAGCCUGGACAGGGGACACAGCAUGCCGCGGUGCCGCCACGCCCAGGCCACAUCUGCCCAGCAGCCCCGGCGGCAGUCGCGGCACAAAUUCCAGUAUGGCAACUACUGUAAAUAUUACGGCUACCGCAACCCAAACUGUGAGGACUUCCGCCUGAGGGUGAUGAAGCCCGAGUGGUUCCAGGGCAAAGAGGUGCUGGAUGUGGGUUGCAACGUGGGGCACCUCACCUUGAGCGUGGCCAAGAAGUGGGGCCCUGCCAGAAUAGUGGGGGUGGACAUUGACGGGGCCCUCAUCCACUCGGCCCGCCAGAACAUCCGGCACUACCUUUCCGAGGAGAUGCAGGAGCAGCAGGGGGGCUGUGGCGGCAGCGGGGGGGCCAGCCAUGCCAAGAAGACCUUCCCGGCCUGUCUCAUGGCCAGCCGAGGGCCAAUUGCUGCACCAAGGGUGCCCCAUGACGGGGUAGAUGCCACCAUCUUCCCCAACAACGUGUUCUUUGUCAAGGGCAACUACGUGCUGGAGCGGGACGAGCUGCUGGAGGCCCAGAAGCCCGAGUAUGAUGUGAUCCUCUGCCUCAGCCUCACCAAGUGGGUGCACCUCAACUGGGGUGACGAGGGGCUGAAGCGCCUCUUCAAGCGCUUCUACCGCCACCUGCGCCCGGGCGGGAUCCUGGUCCUUGAACCCCAGGCCUGGUCCUCCUAUGGCAAGAGGAAGAACCUGACGGAAAUAAUCUGCAGACAUUACUAUCGCAUCAAGCUGAAACCCGACCAGUUUCCCUCAUACUUGACUUCACCGGAAAUUGGCUUCUCCAGCUGUGAGUUGGUGGCAACCCCCAGGAACACGUCAAAAGGAUUCCAACGCCCCAUCUAUCUCUUCCACAAGGCCUGCCCUGGUGGUGCACCCUGAAGACUGGGCUCUGGCUCGAGCAGCACCACUCCCAGGCCAUUGCCCCCUCCUCUCUGGAUCAGCCGCUGCUGGGGGAGGUGGGCCAGCGCAGAUGAACGUUGAACGCUUUUUUGAAGGGAGGAAGAGAGGCGUCUUUUCUCCCGCGUGGGACAGAGCCAGCCAGCCAGCCUUGUCUUCCUGCAGCUUUCGAGCAAGAUGGAGCUGCUGGGCCGGGCGUGGGAGCACCUUCAGUUGUCUUGGCCCACCAAGGGGCCUGGAAACUGCGCACUUGACGGCAAAGGGCAGCAGCGAAUCGCUUGGAACAGAACCCGGACUGGGAGGGGUGCGCUCUUGGGUGUGGUGGUGGGCGAGGUGAAGGUUUCUGAUGGCAGCUGUAACCAGGUGGGCUUUCUUCUUCCUGUUUCGCUGUAACGUCACUGGAGAUGUCAAGAGAAAAGCGAGUCCAGGUGCUUGGCUAGCCCAGAUAUGGGGGACACAUGCCCUUCUUGCUGCUGGUGGACUCCAGCUGCCCUCUCCUCCAGCCAGCAUGGCCAGUGGUUAGGGGUGAUGAGCGCAAGUAGUCCAACAACAGCAAGGGGGCUACAGGCUCCCCAGCUCUGGCAGAGGCAAUGGGAUCACGCCCAGGGUUGCCGAGAGAAGGAUGGGGUGGGGGUUCUAGCACAGGCACGGCGGAGUCACAGGGCCAAGGGCCGGUCUUCCUCGAAAAAGGCCUCUCCUUGAGCAUAAAGCAUGCUCCUCUGUUUCUGUUCAAGAAGGAAACAUUCAGAUGUGAACAAGUGAUGUCUGUGGGCCCCUGCUUGUCACCUCUAUUGCAGUGUUGGCCAGCCUGGUGCUCUCCAGCUGUUGUUGGACUGCGACUCUUGCGGUGUGCUAUUUUUUGCCAAUGGGAGUUGAGGUCUAGCUGCACCUGAGAAGUAGCAGGUUGGCCAAGUGGAUGAGAGGUCACUUGAAAGGGGGCAGGGGCAGGCAGUAAUCUGCAGGCCUAGCUGAGGGACUGCCACUUAAGAGCUUUCAGCUGGCCUGGAGAGGCAAGGGUGGCCUGGCCAGGCUGGCUCCACUGCUGGUCCUCUCUUCUCCGGGAUCAAACAACAGGCAAGCAAGGGAGCCGUCCCCUACCUCUGAGGUGUUUCCUCCUCGCUUCCUACGCCAGAGCCUCUGGGGCCAUUUCCUUGCACGACCAUCUCUUUGCUGGGGGGUUGUGCCUGAGUCUGCACAGCCAGCAAAGGGGUGCACGGUGUCAAGCCUAUACUGCUGGCAGGAGCACCCACCUGGGACGGGACUGUUUCUUCUGCCCGAACACAGAAGCAGCUUGGGUUGGUUGCCUUGGGGCACACACAGUGGUGCUUGCUUGGAGAAUGAGAAAGACAGAGCCAGCUUUAUAGAACCUGCUAGUUUUCAGCAAGCCUGACCUCUUCCCUGAACCCCAGCCAGAGCCCUCCCCGUUGUGUGAUGGGAGAACCCAUGCAGACUCCUGCUUGCUGGUAUUGAAGCUAGCAGGGAAGCUGCCUUUCUUGAGCUGGCCAGCCUUUUGGAGGGCCACCUCCAUACCAGGGAGAUCCUGUUUGAUCUGGAGUUUUAUCUUUAAAGAGAUGUCAAUUCUAUAUAUAAAUAAACCUACAGAUUAUUACCA